AUGUUUUCUCAUUCUUCGAUCCUCAGACUGCAAUCCAGACGAAGUAUUCCCUCAGAUGGAUUGAGUCUCUCUCACUUCGUAUUUCAGACUAAAAUCAGAUCAUUAUAUCGGAACAUCUUAAGAGAAACUAGAUAUUUAGGAACAAAUGAAAUUCGUCAAGAAACGAUAUCAUGGAUCCGAUAUGAGUUCAUGAAACCAAUCUUACUCCAAGAAAAAAGAAUGGAUGAGCGUAACAAUCAAGACUUCAUAGCUCAAAUUAAUCGGCAAUUGAAACAGAUUAAGAAUUCGAGUAUGUUAAUUGGCGGAGGGUUUGAGAAGCUCAGGGGAACCCGAAAUCGAUAA